CGAAACAUUAACUGUUUCUCUCACUCCACGGAUGCUGCCUGACCCACCGAGUUUCUGUUUUUGAGUCAUGUUUCCGACAAGCACUUAAAACUUUUACCGAACAUGUUGGUGUUGGGAGAGAAUUAAAUACAAAUUACAACAGCUCUACAAAAUUCCGGCAUGACAUUCCCUGAAACACUCAAGUUAUGCCAAGGGUGACUCACGGUUCACACUUCCAAUCUCUUUCUCGGCGAAACUGGACAAAUAGAAUCGCGGGGUAAAAGCCGGCGUAAGAACACACAGCCUCAUGUGAUCCGCUGAGUCACUGGACACACCUGAUAUUGAACCGAAACUGACGAGGAUCGACGGGGGAGUGGAAUUAAUUAUUGCUAACCAGCGUGAACUACAUUCUCCAAAGGGACCUUUUCUCUAUAAAGGAGAACAUUUCCGGGAUCACAAGCUGGAUAUCGACGAGAAGAUUAAUUGUGCUUCUAGGAUUCAUGGAGAACUGUUUUGCUAUUUCAUCGUGAUUUCACGUCGAAUUGGCGUUAACCUUGGUGUGGGUCUGGAGUCGAGGCCUCAUCCGCAGGGAAGAGCAUGGCAAUACAUCCACGCAGGGUGCGAUUGAAACCAUGGUUGGUGUCCCAAGUGGACAGUGGUCUUUUCCCAGGUCUUGUUUGGCUCCACCGGGAAAAUAAACGUUUUCAAAUUCCUUGGAAACAUGCAACUCGUCACAGUCCACCUCAAGAGGAAGAAAACACUAUUUUUAAGGCAUGGGCAGUAGAAACUGGAAAGUAUCAAGAAGGGAUUGAUGAACCAGAUCCAGCCAAGUGGAAAGCACAGCUUCGGUGUGCACUUAACAAAAGUCGAGAAUUUAACCUAAUUUAUGAUGGAACCAAGGAGGUUCCGAUGAAUCCUCUUAAAAUAUAUGAAGUCUGUGAUAUCCCGCAGAGCAGUGGUACCCACAGCAAUCCAGGAUCGGUACCAUGGGAAGAAAGUCUAGAUUUGGAAGAUGAAGAUGAAGAAUUGAGCUCUUCUCAGCCUCAAGUUAAAAUGCAAGAAAGCUUUCCAUUUCCCAAUUUGAAUGCCUCUCCAGUAGCCGCAGUAAAUGUGACUAGCUGCUCUCCAAAUGAGUGGAUAAAGACUGAGCCAGAACAGGUUGAUCCACAUUUACCAGCUGAGAUAUUCAGCACUCCAGAAACCUGGAUCAGCUCCCUGCCCAUGACAGAUUUAGAAAUCCAGUUCCAAUACAGAGGCAAAGAAUUGGGACCUGCCUUAAACGUCAGCAAUCCACAAGGAUGCCGUCUCUUUUAUGGUGAUCUGGGUCCAAUGCCAAACCAAGAGGAGUUAUUUGGUCCAGUUUCCCUUGAACAAGUGAAAUUUCCUGGAACAGACCAUAUCUCAAAUGAAAAGCAACGUCUUUUCACAAACCGCCUAUUAGAUGUGAUGGACCGAGGACUAAUCCUGGAAGUGAGUGGUCAUGCCAUCUAUGCCAUCAGGCUGUGCCAGUGUAAGGUGUAUUGGUCAGGACCCUGUGCAAGUGGAAAUAAUACGCCACAUGUCAUAGAACGGCAGAAGAAAGUCAAGCUGUUUUGUUUAGAAACAUUCUUAAGUGAUCUGAUUGACCUUCAAAAAGGGCAAAGUAAUAAAGUACCGCCUUUUGAGAUUUACCUGUGCUUUGGGGAAGAGUGGCCAGACGGCAAGCCUAAGGAAAGGAAACUAAUCAUGGUGCAGGUUGUGCCAGUUGUUGCACGCAUGAUUUAUGAGAUGUUCAAUGGUGAAUUCACACGUUCCUUUGACAGUGGCAGCAUCAGGCUGCAGAUCUCGACCCCAGACAUUAAAGAUAAUAUCGUCACUCACCUGAAGCAACUGUACCAUCUCUUGCAAACAAACCAAGGACAUGAGCCAUGGCAAAUUCAACCUCCAAACCUGCAUGUGGCACAACCUCUGCCAACCCAGUAACACACAAUUCCAUCCUCAGUAGGAGAAUUGUUUAAUUUAGGUGCAAAUGCCACAGAAUGUAAAAUAUUGAUUACAUUUUAAUAUAUAAUAUAUAUACAUAUCUGAGAAGCUUGCUGUUUUUAUGUUGGUAUAACUCAAAGAAAUGUGAUUGACUGUACCUGAUUAAAUUGUUUAUUUUUAAAGAAAUUGAUCUCCAGAAAUUCUCUGCCUUCUGGUUUUAUUCCCCAUUUACCUAGUCUUAGCCUAGAGUUGCCAAAAGGAAGAAGCUGAAUUUGUUAAGCUCUCAGAUGUUUUUAGAAAUUUAAUCACUAAUGCUUGCGUCGAGAUCAGUUUUCCCCCUCCAAAAAAAUUGAUUUCCCAUCUUGUAUUUUGUGUUUAUGUAGCACCUUUUUACAAGCUCCGUAUCCCAAAGUGCCUGUUGCUAUGUAACUACUGCUUUAAUUUUAAAAAUCUUGAUAUGCUCAUUAAACUGUCCCAACUGAACAAAGAUAAUGAAAUGACCAACAAGGGUAGCUUCUUUUGUGGUAGACUUCUAAUGUGACCAUAUCUCACUUUUGAGAGGAGUCAGUGUUUCCAAACAAAGUCCUGUGUUCAGCCAUGCAUUUGUCUAAACCAGCAGUAGAAUUUGCUAGUCCUUGCUAACCCUUUGCUGGCUUCAAAGAGUAUUUAAAAUGAUAAUGACAUCUCACAGAUGAAAGAAUGAAAAUUAUAUAAUCUGGCUGAUCUGGUACCUCAAUCUUUGAAGAUUUAAAAUCAGUUCAACUCACUGAUCCAAGAGAAUGUUUGUUUGGUUUCUGUAUUACUGCAACUUCUUUCAUCAUAUUACAUGUAAUCCAUGUCAGAAUUUAAAAUUUGAUGCUGUAUAAAUGUCUGAUUCUUUGAGGAAAAUACCAUGAUUUAACUUGUUUUGUACAAAACAAAAAUCAAUGCAUUGCUUUGCCAAAGACUCCAAACUGGAUUUGGAAGAAGUGGUGGUGGAUAGUUAAAGGUGGCAAGAAGUGUAAUUUAUUUUUUCAGCUGCAGAUAAAUCAAAAAUAAAAUGAAGUAUUUUAUGAAAGUCAAGAUGAAUCCU